AAGUUAUCAUUAAACUUUCGACGGGAGGGUUAUCGCGCGACGCGACGGGUCGGGUCGUCUCGGUCGCGAGCGUUUCGACGACAGUUGAAUUGUACUCCGAUGAGCUCUGUGAGGAUUUGGAAAGUACGUCCGCGCGCGGAACUUCUUUAUUACACGGCGAUGCAGCGUUGCGCGACGAGACGAGACGGGACGAAGCAACGCGAUGCGCCGGCCACAUCGGGAAUGUAGCUCAGCGGUAAGCGUGAUGAAUUCGCUCGGGCGAUCGUCUGCGAGAGCGUGAAUAAAGGCGUUGUUCCUUGUAUCCGCCGGGGGGGAUAUACUCUCGUUGCCCGGACACGUGCCAAGCCGCACAGAACGAAUGACCAUACGCGCGCAUUCGUUAAUUGCCGGCUGCGCCGAGCCGCGUUUCUUCCUUUUCCGACAAAGGAUCGGCGAUCUCGACGGACGGUGCAUCGCGAGGAACCACCGCCGUCACCGCCGGCGAAACGGUGGGAGUAACGGCGGAUCUCGGCGUCCCUCUCACUUCGGCGACCUGCAUGAAGGGCACCAGAUAGGGCCUCGUAAGAAUGAGGCGGACCGAUCAUGACGGCCACGUCGCGCGGCAGGGUCCGCCACCCUUCCGGGUGUUGGCCGUUCCCGACAGCAUGUACCUAUCGCCCCCCGUGGCGCCACCGCCUCCCCGCGCGCCCGAACCUUACAAGGUCGCCCCGACGUCGACGUCCUUCGGCAGGGCGCACCGUCGUUCCAGCUUCGUGAUACUCGCCGAGUCCAGGCCGGCGAGUCCGGAAACCGGCGAUGCGACCUUGCAGACAGGAAGGGUCUCACCCUUUCGCGGACGUGGCUUCAAGGGGCCACCCCCUCGCUCAAUGUCGAGGCCGCAGUCGCCGGAAGUCGGGGACGGACGUCGACGCAGAGUCGAUCGAAGGGUGUCGUUGUCGCAGCAGAACAGUCCAAGAAGAAGCCUGAUACCGCAGCCGACUUAUCGUCAACGAUCCACCUCCUUGACGAAGGACAACGAGCGUUCGCCGUCGCCGAAGAUCGGUCGUCGAGUCGAUUCGAGGACGCGAUUGAACGUCUCGAGAAAUCGAUUGAACGCAGCCGAUUCGAAAUCACGGCUGAACGACUCGAAGACGCGUCUGAACAAAUUCGAUUCUCGGAGUCGUACGAACUUGACCGAGACCAAGGCCCGCUUCAUCUCCAACUCCACCAGCAAUCUCAACAGCAAUUCGACGCGCCGGCCGCCGGCGACGAAGGGCUCGACGCGACUGUCGCCGAUCCAAGGCACCCCGACGAAACCGGAGAAGACGACCCCUCGAUCGAACGUAAGAGGGAAAGAUGCUACGAGACAAUCUCCCACGAAAACGUCGAGAACGCCGUCGCAGAAGAACAACGUAAGUCAAAGGGACAGUCAGAGCAAAAAUCCCAGCAAAGAACGUCUCCUUUCGCCGUCGAAGAUUCCCCUGAAGACCAGCAAGGCGAACGGUUCGUCGAAUACUGGCAGGUUCAUUUCGAUGCCCGAGCAGAGCAGCGGAAAGAUAGACAGGAUUGUAAAAGAAGGCAGAAGCGACAAGCAGAACGGCCAAUCAGUUCAGAAUGGUCGAUCCGAAUCGAGCUCGAAGGAAAACGGAAUAGAUGGCAAUUUUUCAGGCAAUGCGGACGACGUGGAUCUUAGAGAUCUUCUGAAGCAAACCUCGCAGGCGAUCGGCACGUCCAGCGAACGUUUGGUGAACACCACGACGACCACGGCGGUGCAGCCGCUGCACAUCGACGCGAACACGCAUCUCGUGGAGCGCAACGAUGGUUCAAUGACGAAUCAGCAGAAGGAACGGCCCGACGGAACGCUCAGGCCCUCGGUCUCUCCCGCAUCCAAGGGCGAAUCGCCGGUGCCCGCCGCGUCGACGCCGAACGCAACGUUGACGAGCCAAAGAUCCUCGCCGUUUAACGAAAAUCAAUCGGCUAGAGCAAGCCAAGCGAUUAAUCCUGGAAACGAUACGAAGGAUUCUUCCGUCGGAGCGGAAGGUAGCACCGGAGGACACUCGAAGAACAGUAGCGUCAGUCAAUCCAUGAAGAGCGUCAAAACGAACGACGAAGUUCAUCAGCGUUCCAGCAACCAGUCUUCUGCCAAUCAGCGUUCUGGCAAAAAUAAUCAAAACGCUCGUGCGUCCAAACCAAGCGGCGGGAAUGCUUCGGAAGAACAAGAAGCCGCUUCGUCAGAGAUGAAGAGUGGCACCGCGAGUAGCAAGACGAAUGUUUCGGCAAACGACAAGAUGCCCACGGUGAUGGAGAACGACUCGAAGGUCAAAGCGGCCGAGGGAGCGGAGACGACGAUGAAUAACACGACGGCGAUGAGCAACAGCGCGAUGACGACGAACAACGUGGCGAAGAGCAAUCACAAUGUGAAUCCCGCGGUCGGUGCAGUGAAUGCAGGUGUGAACAGUGAACAUGCCGUGGUACGAACGAGGAACGAGAAUCGCGGCAGCGACGCAUCGUUGAAGUCGUCCACCGGCGUGUCCACGGACUCGAUCGAGAGCGUGAGAUCGACGGACACGACGGACACGGGGGUGAGCGUGAACACGGUGAGGGGAGUGUCCUCGCCAAGGGAGAAAACGGGCGUGCACACGGUGAAGCGGUCGCAGGAGAUCGAGACCCUCAGCGGCAACAUCAUCGCCCGCGUCGAGCAGAACGGAGAGCCAGCUGUCCUGGCAUCCAGCAACGAGAAGCAACGCGAUAGUGAAAAAUUGUUGGCACGUUGGGGAAGAUCCUUGAGUCAAUACUGCAAGUGUUGCUCCGGUAUGAGGUGCCUCGCUUGCCGUAGAGAUCCCAAGAGUCUCCUGUGGACCAGGAAGCAAGGGAGACCGACGGUGAUCGACGACGUCCCGCCGCCUGUUGCAAAUCCCGAUGCACCGCCACCCGCAACGAACGCGUUGUCGUGCUGGUCGAAAUUAAAGGCGCGGUGCAGGUGCGUUCGUCUACGAGAGAGACUACGAGAGAUCAAGUGUUGCACGAGAAAAGCGAGGGUCGCCCCUGCCGAGUCUACCGUUUGCUGCCCGCCCGAGAGAAGAUGCGGUGCGAUCUGCCGCCGCGUGUUCGGCUGUUGCAAAUGCAACUGCAAACGCGCGGACACGCAACAAAGAAAUACACGUGCCAAGCACAGUCUUACGAGCGUGGCGCCGCCGCCUUUGUCGGAGGAAUCGAAGGCUAAGCUACCGGAUGUUCUGGUGGAGCAUAAUUCCGUUAUGCGCGGCGCCAUUCCUUGUCUGCCAGUCCCUCUCGCCUGGUUUUGCCUAGUGUGGAACUUCCUACUACCGGGCACUGGAACCGUUUGGAGCGGCUUGUUCAACCUGUGCACCGGACAGCCGAGAUUUUCCGCCGUUGCCGGAGUGAAAUCACGACUCGGUGCAUUUAUCGUCAAUCUUAUCGUGGGUGUGGUCAAUCUUAUCGUGGGUGUGGGCCAACUGUUCACCGUUCUGUUCUGCCUCGUCGGAUGGGGCUGGAGCAUUUGGUGGGGCGUCACCAUGGUCCGCUUAGCCAGGAAGUACAAGCGGGUCAAGGAUUCGGAGGCUGCUCACAACGAUCCUGAAGCCAGAGGGGGUGAGUCAGCUCCCCUGCCCGGCGUGCCGAGUCAGGCCUUGCGAGGGAUGGAGAGAGCGCGAUGAUGGAUUUUUAAUGAAGAGGAGAGCGUCCUCCAAUUAUCUAAAAAUAUUUUCUAUCUCGUUCGACAAGUCUUCGCGUUACUUCCCUUAAUAUCGGUCAUUCCGAGUUGAAGACUAUCGUCGUAUGAAAAAAAUUGUACCGUUGACACGAAUAUAAGCAUCUCGUACAAACGUUAAAUAUUUGUGAAGACAAUUAGUCGAUAAGAACAAUUUCUCGGCUACGAUCGAGUCACGACGGAGAGUAAAGAUUUAAUUAAAAAACUUACGAUAACAUGUUAAGCCGUGCGAAAGUUCUAAAAAAGAUCGUAAAUUAUUAAAACGAUUUGAUAGCCUUGUCUGGUGCCUUUUUCCUUUCAUCAUUUAAUCCUCGCUGUUCUUGAAAGGAAAGAGAAUUUUUUUUAUCGCGAGGUUAAUAAUAGAAUCUCUAAGUAUAAGUUACGAAUCUCAUAUCAAAAAACUUUUUCUCUCGCGCGGCUUAGUGUGUUAUUUAAUUAAAAUCUUCAAUUCAAUGAGACACUUCUCGAAAGAAAGUAUCACCGAGAUUCUCUUGCAGGUUGCUUGUAAAGUCUCUGUUUUAUUUUCUCAAAAUUAGAAUUAUGGUGCUUGUAUAUUACUCGACAUAUUUUUUUAAAUUAUUAUAUAUUAUAUAAGAUACUAAAUAUAUUGUAUUUCAUAAAAAAAAAAAAAAAAAAAAUGAUUUCUAGAAUAAUUGGCAUCAUUUUUUAACGACGCUAUUGACUGAAGCAAAUAAAUACCAGAAAAAUUAAACGCGUUUAGAAUUCUUUCUAUCAAGUUAAUAAGACUCGAGAGUUACGAAUUCUCUUGCAAGCGCCGUUCCCGAAAAGUUUGUUCUCGCAGGAAUUAAGAUCGACGCUUCCACAUAAAGUAGACAGAGACUGCGCGAGCGCCCCGCAUUUUUCUACGCAGCGCAAACUUUCGUUCUCGUCGACGAAAGGUCUAAUUGUUUUUUUUUGUCUUUUUUUUUUAUCGAGCUGGAGGCCUAUCAGAAUCCGAAGACGUUCUUGAAGAUUAAUCGCUUUCAGUGAAAGCAUCUUUAACCGAGGCGUUCUUUCAAAAUGUACUCGUUGCGUCGAUGAGGAUGAUUUACGGGGAGCGGAUCGCAUUUGGCGACGACGGUAAUCGCAUCGCGAUAUUGAAUUGCAGCAAUGGUACGCAAGUAGACAUUAAACUUAUACACGGUAGCUAAGCUUGGGAUCUUCGGAGGCGGGAUUACCGCAAUCUCCGGGGACGCGGGUCUUGAAGCGAUAUCGAUGGGAUAAUUACGUUUUGAAAAAACGCGCUUUAUAUUUUUACAAGCGCAACAUACACAUACACAUAUGUACGAGUACUCGAGACUUACCCUGAUUAGACUUAUAUACUUAUUAACUCUUGUAAAUAUGAAAAAUACAUUACUUACGUCAAUUUUUAAUGUAA